AAGCCAUGUGAGUGGAUGACUGGGCCCACUGAGAGCCCAUGUAAUAAUUUAAGUCCAGUGCAUUUCCCGGAUCUGGUCCUCUACGAUCUAAAAAUGCAAAGAAGAAACAAAGACAAACUUGCCCAAAUGGAGCCUGGUGCUGUGAAAUGGACACUAUUUGUGGUCAGCAUGUUCCUGCUUCCCAUGAGCCACAGCCACUCUGCUGCCAUCAGCCUCAAACAACAUUUGGAGGAUUGUCUGAAUGAUACUGACUAUAAAGAACUAUUUCAGACCAUGAAGAACGGCCUUUCGCCCACACCCACACCUCGUCAUGUUGCCAUCGUUGGAGCCGGCAUGGCUGGCCUGACAGCCGCCAAAUUACUUAAAGAUGCAGGACAUACGGUAACCAUAUUAGAGGCCAGUGGGAGAGUUGGAGGACGGGUGGAGACCUACAGGAAUGAUGAAGAGGGCUGGUAUGCUGAUCUGGGGGCCAUGAGGAUACCAAACUUUCACAAUAUCGUCCUCUGGCUUGCAGCUUACCUGAACCUCACGCUGAAUGAAUUUGUCAUGGAUGACGACGAAACCUAUUACCUGGUGAAUGGAGGACCACGACAGAAGACACAUGCCGUAAAAGACAACCCAAACAUCCUGAAUUACGACGUGUCACCAGAAGAGAGGAAUAAAUCCGCUGACGACCUGCUACAGCAGGCGUUACAGAAGGUGAGAGAUGAGGUGGUGAAAAAUGGCUGUAGAGCUGCACUGGAAAAAUUUGACCGCUAUUCUGUGAAGGGGUACCUGGAAGAAGAGACUGGACUAAGUUUUGAGGCCAUUAGGAUGAUUGGAGACCUGCUCAAUGAGCAGAGCCUUAUGUACACAGCACUGAGUGAGAUGAUCUUUGAGCAGUCCAACAUCGGAGACGACAUCAAGUACUAUGAAGUGACAGGUGGGACGGACCUGCUUCCCAUCUCUUUGGCAAAAGAUAUUCGGGUCCCCAUUUCCCUGAACGCCAAGGUCAAACGUAUCAGCCAGUCAGAAGACGGGGUCAUUGUCUCAUUUCAGAACGAUAAGCAGCCUGACCUUCAUGCCGACUUUGCCCUUGUCACAACCACAGCCAAAGCAGCCCUUUUCAUGGCCUUCGAUCCACCUCUGUCCAUCCCAAAGAUGGAGGCCCUGAGGUCAGUCCACUAUGACAGCGCAACUAAAAUCUUCCUCACCUUCAGCGAGAAGUUCUGGGAGAAGGAUGGCAUCCGUGGAGGAAAGAGCAUCACAGACCGACCCUCUCGUUACAUCUACUACCCCAGCCACAGUUUCCCAGGAAACGACAAGAUCGGCGUCCUCCUGGCUUCCUACACCUGGUCUGAUGAGUCUCUCCUCUUCCUGGGCGCGAGCGACGAGGACCUCAAAGAGCUGACCCUUAGAGAUUUGGCGCUGAUCCACAACACCACCGACGUCAGGUCUCUCUGCACCGGCGUGGUGGUGAAACGCUGGAGUGCAGAUCCUUACAGCUUGGGCGCCUAUGCCAUGUUCACGCCGUACCAACACCUGGAGUAUGGCAGGGACCUCUUUCAGAGCGAAGGCAAGGUGCACUUCGCCGGGGAGCACACGGCUUUCCCUCACGGCUGGAUGGAGGCAGCAAUGAAAUCGGCAAUCAGGGUGGCGAAGAACAUCAACCAAGUGGCAAAGGAAGACAAGUUAGUUGGACAUGCAGUCCGAGACGAGUUUUAGAGUAUUUAGUUGAGCUGUUAAUCCUUUUCUUUCUUCAAACUUUUUUGUGGUCUCACAGAGCUCUCUAUAAAAGAGUAGUAGUAGCCUACUUUCCAAAUUAAUUAUCCGUUUUUGCUUUGGCUAACUGUAGGAAAUAUGUCAAGCACAUUCUGUUUUCUUAUGU